CCAAUUCAACCUCUUUGGGAAGCUGGGUUGUCCAAAAACUGAGUGGGAGUGGCGCGGAGUUGCAGGAAAUCCUCAAACCCUGAGCUGCGGCAAAGUCGGUCUGCAGGCUAAUAUUUUAAAAAUGACCACACCAAACAAAACACCUCCUGGUGCUGACCCUAAGCAGUUGGAAAGGACUGGAACAGUACGGGAAAUUGGAUCACAAGCUGUGUGGUCACUCUCGUCUUGCAAACCAGGAUUUGGAGUGGAUCAGUUACGAGAUGACAAUCUAGAAACUUAUUGGCAAUCAGAUGGCUCCCAGCCUCAUUUAGUGAACAUCCAAUUCAGAAGAAAAACAACGGUGAAAACAUUAUGUAUUUAUGCAGACUACAAAUCUGAUGAAAGCUAUACUCCAAGCAAGAUCUCAGUCAGAGUCGGAAAUAAUUUCCACAACCUUCAAGAAAUUAGGCAACUUGAACUGGUGGAACCAAGUGGCUGGAUUCAUGUUCCCUUAACUGAUAAUCAUAAGAAGCCAACUCGCACAUUCAUGAUACAGAUUGCUGUUCUAGCCAAUCACCAAAAUGGAAGAGACACCCACAUGAGACAGAUUAAAAUAUACACACCAGUGGAGGAGAGCUCCAUCGGUAAAUUUCCUAGAUGUACAACUAUUGAUUUCAUGAUGUAUCGUUCAAUAAGGUGACCUGGGAACAGUACUGAAAUCAUUAAACAUAUCCUUGUUUUCUCUGGUCUGUAAAUGUUAUAUCUGGUAUCUUCAUUGAAAAA